AUGAAUCAAGAAGCGCCUCGAGAGAAUCACCCCUCCCCCAACACCCCUCACCCUAAUGCUCACCCUAAUGAGAUUUUUUAUCCUCAAGGAUGUUACGACCCUCACGAAAAGGUUCUUCAAAAAAACUUUUUGGAGGAGCUUACUCUGGGUAUUGCUACUAAGGAUAUUAAACGUAUUAGAUUUGCGUUGGAUAACAAACUCGAUUCUACUUUCAGCUGCAAGAUUUACGCAGAUGAUAACCCUUCCUCAGUCUGGGCUGUCGGAGUCCACGACCCGAGCGACGCUUAUCUAACAAAUAUGUCUGGCUGGAUUCACGAGAAUUGCGAGAAAAUAAUUUUUCAUACCUAUGGCUGCAAAAUUCCCACCCUACAUUUGUUAUUAAAACUCUGGUCGCCCCAUAUCGCCAAGCACUUCCAAACAGCAGUCGGAUCAUCAUCUAACUCAACUCUGAACGGCAAGGACGAAGAGGGGGCCACCCCACUAAUCAAAGCUGCCCAAUGUUCGAUAGCCGAUGCAGUGAAGUUAUUACUCGGAUUUGGGGCCGAUCCAAACCAGAGGUGCAACAAAGGCUUUAACGCUCUGGAACAUUCCCUCUAUGCAUCGAAAAAAAUAGAGCGACGAGAAACCGAAGGGUUGGAGGACUCGCACAGUGUUAUACAUCUUUUAUUGGACAGCUGUAUUGAAAUGGGAUACCGUGAUCAUAAAGGCCGCUCACUAUUUCACUUGGCUGUGAAAUAUGGACAUUCAUCAUUGAUCGGUUUUUUGGCUGGGAAGGAGAGGGAAAGUAUGGAUUGCCCGGACAAUGGAGAUCAAACACCACUAGAACUUGCUGUUAGGCUUGGUGAUCUUGAUUCGGUUUGUAGCUUGGUCGACUCUGCUGCCGAAACGAAAAUCAGGGAGCAUUUUAAUGAUGAUGGAUACGACCAUUCAGAGUAUUUUACUCUAUUUAAAAAUGUUGUUGAACUAUUAGAGCGCAAAGGCCCAUCGGCAAUUUACAAAAUACUUCACACUGAAUGCACCCGGUACCAUUUUAAGUUAUCAAAAGGGAGCCUAGAGACAGCCCUACGAGCCCAGCCAGCUCACCGAAACCCAGCAAGUAUCCAGAUUCACAAUCCCAAAUCGAUACCCCCAUCCCGAGUUGAGCGAAAGCAGCACCAUUUCUCUCGACCGUUAUCUAUACCCAUGGUCAACCAGAGCCAGGACGAUGAUCCCCAGUCGGUAUCUGGCGUGGAUCAAAGCAAGGACAAAGAUCUCCAGUCUGUAUCCGACGUCAAUCAGAGCCAGGACAAAGAUCCACAGUCUAUAUCAGGCGUCGAUCAGAGCCGGGGCAAUGAUCCCCAGCCUAUAUCUGGCGUCUAUCAGAGCCAGAACCUUCACUUGCAAGUAGGAUUAGAGAGUAAAUUUCAGAGAGAUCUCCGAACAUUUCAGCAAAAAAGCCUUGCUAGCACUCCCAUCGACAUGCGUUACUAUCUCAAGACAGCUUUUGACGCCAAUACUCAGGAAUACUUCGAAGAUUUAGCCGCAAGGAGCGUUUGUUUCUGUUCAGACUCUAUUACAAGAGCAGGAUUUUUUCAUUCUGUAACUAUGUUUUUCUGUCCAUGGGACUCCGAGGAUCGUAAAAGGUCCUAUGAUCGCCUUAAAACCAUAUUCCAUAACUAUUAUCUGGAAUGUCAAGAUCGCAUAUAUCUUCAUGGGCCCUCUUCGUGUCCUCAGAGCGAUUUUUAUACACCCCCGUUUGGAGUCAUAGAUAAUGCACUCAUCCGACGCCAAGGUAUCUUGAGGAAAGGUAUACUUCUCAAAGACCAGGAGGAUCUCGAGAUAGCUAUCGCAAGUUCUUGCGAUCACUAUGAUUCGAUAUCAAGACAAGGAUAUUUUAAAUCCGCGGCGUUGUUUUUCCACCCGUGGGAACACAAAAAACAAGAGGACUGCAGAGAAAGACUGGAACAGUUAUUUCAAUUUACCCAAAGCCCUUAUCAUGAUGGUCCACACGGCCCUGCCCUCCAACACCCCCACGAAAGUGUUUCGCAUAUUCCAGACGACGAUCAUAGGCCGCAGCUGGAUACACGCCCUGACGAACACCAGCCCUCAGUCAUUGCCAUCAGUGAUCACCAAAGCGAGAGCGAUGGGAACGAAAGAAGAAUUAAACAAGAGUUCAAGUUAGAACCCCAGACGGAAGUACAAGACUAUGAAUCUGAGGGCGGACUCGAAGUUAAAUGUGAGAAGAAAUCGACAGCAACAGGGCGGAGAGGAGGUAGUCAGGACGGUGAUGGCCCCGGUCGAAGCGAUAAUCGUGAACAAGAUCAAUCACCUAGCAGCAAUAAUCAAAAACUUCAGUCAAAAAGACGCCAUUCAAAGGAGAACAAGGAAAAAAAAGCAAAUAAACGCCAGAAAAGACGUCUUUUGGGGGGGGAUAAGGAAGUAAAGGUGAAUAAAAGCCAAAAGAGACCGCAGGAUCUCGGUGUACAGAAACAGGAGCGCAAUGACGGAAAGAAGGUUGGGACCUGGAGUAAUAGGGCUUGUGGCCAAGGUGGUAAUACGCAAAAUCUUUCAAGAAAGCGUAAAGGGACAGCUGAUGUUGAAGAAAAGCAGAUUAUUUCUGCUAAACGUUCCAAAAACUAG